GAUAUAGAGUGGACAACACGCGCGCGAAAAAAAAAAGCCACCAACGCAGCUGCUUCUCGGACACGCGCCUCGGAGAGGCUCGCGUUUGCGCAAUUGCGCUGCCAGUGCCACCGGCCCCUGCCCUUCCCCAGCCGCUGGUCCCACGCGCGUCCAGCCCACGGGCACCACCGCCGCACCAGGCUUUUAGCUCUCGACGCGUCGCCGCCGACCACAGCACGGCUAGCGUGUCGAUUCCUCCCGCUCUCGUCGCCGGAUCCCCCCACCCGACGCGCCCACCUCUGAGUCCAAUGGUGGCAGAGAUCCGUUAGGGCGAGGACUGGUCCCAGCUUGGGUCGGGUCUCCUUCUCCAGCUUGUGAGAUCGACACUGGUUGACACUGAUUGUAGCACUUCGUGGCGCCUUAUUGGGUCGCGGGUGCGGUUUGCGCUCUACAAAUUUUGGGUUUGGUUUCGCUGAACCCUCAUGACCCAAGCGAAGUCCACUCCUGGGAGGAGGGAGAUGGGCCGGGCGCGAUCGCCGGAACCGCUCGAUUUCUUCAUAUGGACUGUCGAGGAUGUUGGAUUAUGGCUGGAAGAAAUAAAUCUUGGUGGCUACAAACAAGUAUUUCAAGAAAAUAGUGUCAAUGGAGAAUAUCUAGAAAGCUUGUCCAUGUUUACUACUGAGCAGAUUCUGCGCUUUAUUAGGCGGUGCCAUAUGAAAUGGGGAGACUUUAUCACACUGUGCAAAGAGUUGAGGCGCAUUAAAGUGGCGUGCCUUAAAGGGGAGCAAGAAGUCCGCAGGCCAUGGUGGGCGCCGGCAUGCCUCUCCGUAGUUUUCGUGAGGGCAGCCAAGCAGAACAGGAAGUCCCGUGUUGUCUCGUUGAAGCUGGAACCAUAAUGCUUGUCAAGCACUUCGAACCGUCGUGCGCUAGCCUAAAGUGCUUGCCACUUUGACAUGGCAUACAUACAGAGUAUUGUACUUAGCUAUUUCCCCUGAUGGCUAGGUGAGUUUUGGUGAUCUGUUUCUGAGUUCUGUUACACGCACACUCACAGACACACAUACCUGGCAUAUUUGUUCUCACUGCUGAUACCAACAGACCAUAGUUACUGGUGCUAGUGAUGAAACGCUCCGGUUUUGGAACGUGUUCCCCUCUCCAAAGUCCCAGGUACAGAAAAUCAAUAUGAAAAUAUGACCUCGCUGUGCAAACACACAAAUAUUUAAUUCUUCAUAAGGAAAACAUUAUAGCAUAAACCUGGUAUAUGAUUUGCAUGCACCGGCUCCAAAACU